AUGCCAGGCCUAACCAACUCCAGUAGAGCAUCUGACCAACAACACUCAGACUUCCAAAAUCAUGGACGUUUUCGUAUGCCAGCUGAAAGUGCACUUCAUUCUCACACCUUGAUGGCCUUCCCAAGUAUACGAUCAGCAGAAAGUCGGGAGCAUCUAGAAGCACUUCAACUAGAAGUGAUACACAUCGCAAAUGCGAUAUCUCGCUUCGAGCCAGUUCACCUCUACGCCAGUAAGGAGCUCAUCUCGCAAGCAACGUCAAUGGUUGGCUCGAACGCCUUCGUCAAGCCAGCAACGGUGAAUGAGCUUUGGAUCCGUGACAGCGGACCGGUCUACGCCCAAGAUCAAUCCACAGGAAAGAUGACUGCCGUCAGAUUCAACUACAACUACUGGGGUGGCAAGCUACCCGCCAUCGGUGACCAAAACGUCGCAGCAGAGGUCGCAGCUUACGCAAAUGAACCCUCGGUAACAUCGAAGCUAAUCCUGGAAGGAGGAGGAAUAGAGCACGACGGCGAAGGCACCUUCCUCGGUACGGAAAGCUGCAUUCUAAACGAUAACCGCAACCCAGGGUUUUCGAAGAAGGAGGUCGAGGCAGAACUCAGGGACAAAGUAGGAGUUACGCACUUCAUCUGGAUACCUGGAGUCAAAGAUUACGACAUCACUGAUUACCACAUCGAUGCACUGGCACGGUUCAUAUCACCUGGCGUAGUGCUUCUGAGCAAACCGAGCCCCAGGGCUGACAGUAUUGCCAUCGAGGUCUACAAGUCCGCACGCUCAAUCCUGUCCUCCGCCAAGGAUGCAAAGGGCCGGAGCUUGACUGUCUAUGACUGUGAGGAGCCAGAGACUGCUCUUCUCGGACCACCUGAUCAGUUCAAUGAGGUCGUUGCUUCGUAUGCGAACUAUCUUCUUGUGAAUGGGGCUGUCAUCAUGCCGAAAUUCGGACAAGUGAAGCAGGAUACCGCGGCGCUCGAGUUGUUUCAAAAGCUAUUUCCAGAUAGAGAGAUUGUGCAGGUGCUGUUAAAUAUACUACCGAGAACGGGUGGGGGGAUCCAUUGUGCGACUCAACAAGUGCCACAAGGUUGA